CCAGUUCACUUCCCUCUCUCUCUCUCUCUCUCUCUCUCAGUUCCCCCCCAGCUAGCCAGGAAAAGACGCUGACCCGGACUUUGGCUCUUUUCUCUGGUCCCUGUUUGAAUGUGUCGGACCCUCCACUCCCACCCACCGCUCUGCAACACAAACAUAACCAGUCCUAAUUUACUGGAUCUGCUCUUUGUUGCCAGAUCCUUUACCCUCCUCUGCUUCUAUUCCCGGAGAGAGAAGGAGAGUUAUUUCUUCCUUUUACCGGAUUGAUUUCUGAAUGAAUCUGGAUUGUUUUCCUUCUUGUUGUUGGGCUGCCGCUGCAGGACCAGAGCUGAUGCUUCCACCAAUGUAAUUAGCCUAGGCUACUGUCAACGAAACCGGUUUAAACGUCGGAACAAAAAAGGGACGUUGAAGAUUUUUUCCCCGACCAGGUCUGUCAACCAUUAUUCACCACUGCAGUUGUCAAGUUGGAGCCCUGCUGUGAAAUGGACAAACCCCUCUAAAGUGAAGACGCUGCUCUGCCUCACCAACACAACCCCAGGACGUGAUUUGGACGAGGAUCCCCGAGUGGAGCAACAAGAUCAUGUUUACUACCCUGUUUCUAUGGUAACCCAAGAGGAGCAUGCACGUCCGGGUCAGGAGUUAACCUCAGCGCUCAUCUCCUCCGCCUGACUCCUGUGAGAACUACACUACCCACCCACAAUUCCUGUGAACUGAGGACCCAGUCUGACACUUAGAUCAGUUUAAGAAAGACACUCAGAGGAACAAAAACUCCGACGACACUACCACAACACUGCUGUGAAGACGACCGACAUGGCCAACAACACGGCAGACCACCCUCCGGGGAAUUCGGUGGCAGAGGGCAACCAUGACGGGGACUUUGGGGUGACCGUGAUGGAACUGAGGGAGCUGAUGGAGCUGCGGAGCGCCGAGGCCGUCACCAAGAUACAGGACGCGCACGGAGACGUGCAGGGCAUCUGCCGCCGCCUGAAAACAUCACCUAUAGAAGGUCUGUCUGGUAACCCCGUUGAUUUGGAGAAACGUCACGCGGCGUUCGGCAAGAACUUUAUCCCCCCAAAGAAGGCCAAGACAUUCCUGCAGCUGGUUUGGGAGGCUCUGCAGGACGUCACACUUAUUAUUCUGGAAAUCGCUGCCAUCAUCUCGCUGGGCCUGUCCUUCUACCAUCCACCAGGGGGCGACAGUGAAGCAUGUGGCCAGGUUGCAGGUGGCGUGGAGGACGAGGGCGAGGCCCAGGCUGGCUGGAUCGAGGGCGCCGCCAUCCUGUUCUCGGUCAUCAUCGUGGUCCUGGUGACGGCCUUCAACGAUUGGUCCAAAGAGAAGCAGUUCCGCGGGCUGCAGAGUCGCAUCGAACAUGAACAAAAGUUCACCGUCAUCCGCAAAGGCCAGGUCAUCCAGAUCCCUGUGGCCGAGUUGGUGGUGGGAGACAUUGCUCAGAUCAAAUAUGGAGACCUGCUGCCUGCUGACGGGAUCCUGAUCCAAGGCAACGACCUGAAGAUCGACGAGAGCUCUCUGACCGGAGAGUCUGAUCAGGUCCGAAAGUCUAUGGAGAAGGACCCCAUGCUGCUGUCCGGGACCCAUGUAAUGGAGGGAUCAGGCAGGAUGGUGGUGUCAGCCGUUGGCCUCAACUCUCAAACCGGCAUCAUCUUUACUCUGCUGGGCGCCGGCGAGCACGACGAAGUGAAGAAGGUCAAGAAAAGUAAAAAACAAGGACCCCCCGAAAAUCGCAACAAAGCCAAAACCCAGGACGGCAUCGCGCUGGAGAUCCAGCCGCUGAAGAGCGAGGAGGCCACCGAGUCGGAGGAAAAGGAGGAGGCCAAACCGGUGAAGAAGGUUAACGUGACCAAGAAGGAGAAGUCGGUGCUGCAGGGAAAACUUACCAAACUGGCUGUACAGAUCGGGAAGGCUGGUCUGAUCAUGUCGGCUCUGACUGUCGUCAUCCUCAUCCUCUACUUUGUGAUCGACACCUUCGUGGUCGAGGGUCGGACCUGGUUGGCCGAGUGCACCCCCAUCUACAUCCAGUACUUUGUCAAGUUCUUCAUCAUCGGCGUGACUGUGCUGGUGGUGGCCGUUCCCGAGGGGCUGCCGCUCGCCGUCACCAUCUCUCUAGCCUAUUCCGUCAAGAAAAUGAUGAAGGACAACAACCUGGUGCGUCAUCUGGACGCGUGUGAGACCAUGGGCAACGCGACGGCCAUCUGCUCGGACAAGACGGGCACGCUGACCAUGAACCGCAUGACGGUGGUGCAGGCGUACGUCGGCGACACGCACUACAGAACGGUCCCUGAACCUGACGCCAUCAAACCAGAGACCCUGGAAGUUAUGGUCAACAGCAUUUCUAUCAACUCGGCGUACACCACCAAGAUCCUGUCUCCGGAAAAAGAAGGUGGCCUUCCCCGCCACGUGGGCAACAAGACAGAGUGUGCUCUGCUGGGCCUGGUGCUGGAGCUGAAGAGGGACUACCAGCCGAUCAGAGAUGAGAUCCCCGAAGAGAAACUCUACAAGGUUUACACCUUCAACUCCUCCCGCAAGUCCAUGAGCACGGUGCUGAAGAACGCUGAUGGAGGUUUCCGCAUGUACAGCAAAGGAGCGUCAGAGAUAGUCCUGAGAAAAUGCUCCUAUAUCUUGGACGCCCAGGGUCAGCCUCGCAUCUUCAAGCCGAAGGACCGUGACGAGAUGGUGCGUAAGGUGAUUGAGCCGAUGGCGUGCGACGGGCUGAGGACCAUCUGCGUGGCUUACAGGGACUUUCCCGCCGAGGCCGGAGAGCCAAACUGGGACAACGAGAACGACAUCUUGAAUGACCUCACCUGCAUCGUGGUGGUCGGCAUCGAGGACCCCGUCAGACCUGAGGUACCUGAGGCUAUUACCAAGUGCCAGCGUGCAGGCAUCACUGUACGUAUGGUUACCGGAGACAACAUCAACACCGCCCGCGCCAUCGCAACCAAGUGUGGCAUCCUGCUGCCCGGCGAGGACUUCCUAUGUAUGGAGGGCAAAGAGUUCAACCAGCAGAUCAGAAACGACCAGGGAGAGGUGGAACAAGAGCGUCUGGACAAAGUUUGGCCCAAACUGCGCGUUCUGGCUCGUUCCUCGCCAACAGACAAACACACUCUGGUCAAAGGUAUCAUCGACAGCACGGUGGGCGAAACCCGACAGGUGGUGGCGGUGACAGGAGACGGUACCAACGACGGCCCCGCCCUCAAGAAAGCUGAUGUUGGCUUUGCCAUGGGAAUUGCCGGCACAGACGUGGCAAAGGAAGCGUCUGACAUCAUCCUGACUGACGACAACUUCACCAGCAUCGUCAAGGCCGUCAUGUGGGGAAGGAACGUCUACGACAGCAUCUCCAAGUUCCUGCAGUUCCAGCUGACCGUCAAUGUGGUGGCCGUGAUCGUGGCGUUCACCGGCGCCUGCAUCACACAGGACUCCCCUCUGAAGGCCGUCCAGAUGCUCUGGGUCAACCUCAUCAUGGACACUCUGGCGUCUCUUGCUCUGGCCACCGAGCCGCCCACCGAGUCUCUGCUGCUACGCAGGCCGUACGGCCGCAACAAGCCUCUCAUCUCCAGGACCAUGAUGAAGAACAUCCUGGGUCACGCCGUGUACCAGCUCGUCAUCAUCUUCACCCUGCUCUUCGCUGGUGAGUCGAUUUUCGACAUGGACAGCGGCCGCAACGCUCCCCUGCACGCGCCCCCGUCGGAGCACUACACCAUUGUCUUCAACGUGUUCGUCAUGAUGCAGCUCUUCAACGAAAUCAACGCCAGGAAGAUCCACGGAGAGAGGAAUGUGUUCGAGGGCAUCUACAGGAACCCCAUCUUCUGCAGCGUAGUACUGGGGACCUUCGUCCUGCAGAUCGUCAUUGUUCAGUUCGGAGGGAAGCCGUUCUCCUGCACGGCUCUGACCAUCGACCAGUGGCUGUGGUGCGUGUUCAUCGGUGUGGGAGAGCUGCUGUGGGGACAGCUGAUCUCGGCCAUCCCCACCCACCACCUGAAGUUCCUGAAGGAGGCGGGCCACGGCACCACCAAGGAGGACAUCCACGAGGAGCAGAUGACGGAGGGCGCCGAUGAGAUCGACCACGCCGAGAUGGAGAUGAGGCGAGGCCAGAUCCUCUGGUUCAGAGGGCUGAACCGUAUCCAGACGCAGAUUAAGGUGGUGAACGCAUUCCGUAGCUCCCUGUAUGCGGGGCUGGAGAGCCCAGAGUCCCGUAGCUCCAUCCACAGCUUCAUGGCCCAUCCUGAGUUCGUCCCCCAGUCCGAGGAGGAGGCUCGCAUCCCCAUCAUCGAGGAGACCGGAGACGAGAUCGACCUCCUCCCCAGCGCCUCCUCUGGGGCCGGGGGAGGAGGAGAGCCGCCCAGCGUCUUCCCCCACAGCUGCGAGUCAUCCAUCUGAUCUCCUCCUCGCCUCCUCCAUCCUCUUUAUCCGCAUCAUCGGUCAUCCCAUCAACUGAACUGUCGCGCUGAGGAGGGAAGUCACUCUGCAUCCCCUCAUUCUGCACACACACACACACACACACACACACACACGCUUCACAUCGUCUUCACCCCCUCUCAGUCAUUCCUGCCACCAUGUGUUUUUCAUACUGACUGUGGCGUCGUCCUGCCUGUAAGUUUGUCCUCCACCACCACCACACAUGUCUCAGUAGAGGGUGGAGGCCUGCCCAUUCAUGUAUAUUUUUUACUCGAUGAUCCUUUUGAAAAGCUUUUAAACUACGUUGGGUUCGAUCUUUGCGGGACUCGCAGCAGCAUGUCGUGUUCUGUACUCGCUUCAUUCCCGCUUCCGAAAAAAAAAAAAAAAAAAAACGGCACGGAACUUUUCAGAGAGUGCAGUGAUUCUCAUGUACAUACGCUUUCCGCUCCUCUACACAGCUAACAGCCCGGGUUUGGUGAUCAGAAGAUUUUUAGGCAAAUGCAAAAAUGUCAUUUAGUUAGUUAGUUUGUUUUUUAAAAAACCCUCUUAACGAUUGUUAAUCGAAAGUUCAUUCAAACUCCUGAGAAUGUCUUGUGAGUGUGACACUACAGUCUUAAAAGGUUCAACAGUUCAAAAUAUGUUCUUCCCUUUUUUUUUUUGGUGUCUGUAUGCGUUUGCUUUUUCUUUUAUCAGCUGUGUUGCUUGUUGAAGGACAGAAUGCUUACUUACCCAAAAAUAUCCAACAUGGCGGCAUCCAGAGAGGGCUCACUCCCUGCCUAGUGAGGGUCUGACUUCAUCUCAUCCAGUCUGGGUUCUGGUUCUCCCACCCUCCAA